AUGCAUCGCUCAUCCCUAUUUCUCCUAGCAAAUCGUGUUACCAAACCUUGUGAUGUUUUCAUUAACCACAGAGGGAUCGACACAAAGAGAACGGUUGCUACUUUGCUUUACGAUAACCUUUCCCGCUUAAACCUACAUCCUUUCUUGGACAACAAGAAUAUGAAGCCAGGAGAUAAGUUGUUUGAUAAUAUCAAUAGUGCAAUAAGGAAAUGUAAGGUUGGUGUUGCUGUUUUUUCUCCUCGGUAUUGUGAGUCAUACUUCUGUCUUCAUGAAUUAGCUCUUAUUAUGGAGUCAAAGAAAAAGGUAAUUCCUAUCUUUUGUGACAUUAAGCCCUCACAACUUCGUGUUGUGAACAAUGCAAAAUGUCCUAUGGAGGAUAUACGGAGGUUUAACUGGGCUCUUGAAGAGUCUAAGUACACUGUAGGACUCACUUUCGACUCCUUGAAAGGGAACUGGUCGGACGUUGUAACAAGCGCAUCGGAUAUUGUCAUCAAAACCUUACUUGAGAUUGAGAGCGAAAAGCAGGUGCAGCGCCGUAAAAGCACUCCAAUAUUGCAUGUCUAG